AUGAGCGAGCCUGACCCGCAGGAACUGGGCGCAGAGGUGGUCAGCGGAUUGGUGGCGACCAAUGACGACCGCCUGGAGAUGAUCAACGCCGAGUACACGAACCUGUGCCGGGAUCUAAAUAUGGACCGACAGACAGAGCUGCAGGGCUACGAGACGUACUUAGAGGUGUCCCAGAGGUGCUCCAUGGAGGGCACAGCCAGCCACUGGAUGUGCUGCGCCAUUUACACGGCCUGCCGAAGAACCAGCACACCCACGGUGACUGGCCAGAAUGCAGUGGUCAAGGGUAAUUGUGUGUCCUUGAACAAUUUGCUGCGCUGCUGCAAAAUGAGCAUUUACGAGUUCAAGACCAAAAUUAAGCAGUGGUGCGACAUGGCCAACCUGCCGCAGGAGUUUGUCAACGAGAUUGAGGAUCUGGACCGCAAGUUCAGCAUCACAUUUAUGCUUCACAAGCGUUUUCGCAUUAUUAUGGACAUGAUCUUCUCGUGCCCGCCCAACGAGAAGAAGCACUCCAAGUACAUCUCUCUGCAUGGCAACCACGCCCACGGAAAGUGCUCGUACAUCAAGCUGGACGACAUCUGCUGGCGCCUGUUCCUCUGCGCCAAGAACCAGAAGCCGAGCAACACCGUAGACCUGGUGACAUCUUUCAAUCUGAUGAUUUGCUGCAUAGACCUGAUAUACAAUAAUGUGCUGGCCGAGAAGCGCACCGAUCUCAUCAACCCCAAGUUCGAGGGCCUGCCGAGCAACUGGACGGAGCUGGACUUUCGCCACAAUCCGCACUGCAUUUUGUCCAACUUCUGUGACAUGACCGAGGAGGCUAAAGCCAUGAAGGCCACCACCUUCCGCCAGAUCAUGUCGAGCUUCUUUCAGGCUUCGACUAUCUACGGAAACAAGGACACUAUGCUGGGCCUAUUGGCUAACGAAAACUUCGAGCGCAACCUGAAGUCCCUCAACAUCAGCUACGAGCAGUACGUCCUGAGCGUGGGCGAAUUCGACGAACGCAUUCUCAGUGCCUACGAUGCUGGGGAACACACUGCCCUCAACGACCAGUCCCUGCGUCCGCCGGUUACUCCGCUUACCCGCAAGCAAGAUCUUCCUGCGCAGCCCGCGAUGGCCGGCGAUAAAUUUGAACCCGUCCACAACGCCACCACCAACGUGAAGCAGCUGAGCGCCUUCGGACGGAUCACGGAACCUACGGACUUUGUCAAGCAAGCUGGCGAAGAGGUAAUCGCCAAACUGCUAAGCAUCAUCGAGGAGAUCGAGCAGAAAUUCCUCGCCAAGUACCCGUCAACGGAGGCGAAGAGUCGCUUCCAACUAGCGAAGUCCUUCUUCUUUUACCUGCUCGACCAGAUCCUGCAGGCGGAAAUUCGGAACAAGCCCGACAUCGAUCUCAAGCGACUGCUGGUGCAGAAGGUCUCCCUGGUCAUCUUUAACAUCACGCUGAUGGCCUGCUGCGUGGAGCUGGUGCUGGAGGCCUACAAAACGGAGCUCAAGUUCCCGUGGGUGCUCGACUGUUUCAGUAUUAGCGCGUUCGAGUUCCAAAAGAUCAUCGAGAUCGUGGUGCGGCACGGCUCGCACGAGGGCUGUUUGAACCGGUCGCUGAUAAAGCACCUUAACUCAAUCGAGGAGACGUGUCUGGAGCGGCUGGCCUGGGCGAGGAACUCGACUGUCUGGGAUAUGAUCGCCUCCGCCCAACUGCCGUUGCCCACGUGGCUCAUGGUUAACCUCGACCGCGCCGCCGGCGCCCUGCAGAUAUUCCUGCGCAAGGUGUACCUGCUUGGCUGGCUGCGCAUCCAGAAGCUGUGCUCGGAGCUGUCCCUGUGCGAGAAGACGCCUGAGAGCAUCUGGCACAUCUUUGAGCACUCGAUCACCCACGAGACGGACUUGAUGAAGGACCGCCACCUCGAUCAAAAUAUUAUGUGUGCAAUAUAUAUUUACAUAAGAGUAAAGCGAAUGGAGGACCCCAAGUUCAGUGACAUUAUGCGGGCAUAUCGCAAUCAGCCGCAGGCGGUGAACAGCGUCUACCGCGAGGUGUUCAUGGACAUCAACGAGGACGGCGAGCCAAAGGUUAAUGACAUCAUUCACUUUUACAACCACGCUUACGUGCCGCUGAUGCGGCAGUUCGUCAUCGACUACCUGAACGUAACUCCGGACGCGAGUGGCCGGGCUUCGGACCUACAGCUCUCCCCGCAUCCGAAGGAACGGGCCGCCCAGCCCAAGAAGGUGACCCAGAGCCACUCGCUGUUCGUGUCGCAGAUGUCCAAGAACGAGAUACAGCAGUCGCCCAACCAGAUGGUCUACAGUUUCUGCCGCAGCCCCGCCAAGGACCUCCAAGCUAUGAACGAAAAGGUACGCGGCGGCAAGCGCAUGCUGAGCUUUGGUGACGAUCCUGGACUAGGUGGCGUUGUGGAGGCGAAGCGCCCGCACAUCAGCCAGGUCAAGGUCGUCAUGGACGACCCGGAUCUGCAGUCAGCCGAGCAGCAGCCUGCUGUUACCACGGAGGGUGGCGUAGGGGGCGAAGGAGGAGAACAAGAGACAUAGACACGGGGCUUAUGGGGGCAGACUAGACUUAAGGUUUAAAAUCCGGCGCCGAAGGCCACACACUGGCCCCUCCGGCGCACGUUCGACUAUUUUAUGAUUGUUUUUUUUUAAAUAUUAACACUUAAAUUGACAUUUUAACUUAAAUUCAACAAACUAUUUUAGUGCAUCUUUUAAUUUUGCUUAACGCCAGCCAACCAUUUAAUUCAUAUGCUAACCCAAUACUUGGAAAUAGUUGUAGUAUAUACUUGAUCACCAUACACAUCCAUCGGUUGCGGCUUCCCGCGAUCUAAAAAAA